UUGGGCUCGGGUAUAUCCAAUAUCAAGGGGUCGAUACCUCCUACAUUUAUCAGGAUAUCACCCAAGUAACGACAACUUCGAUGGAUAUUUUAUCUUGCGACACCGGACAAAUCUACUACCUAUCACCUCGCAAGAGGGAUCAAACCUGAUCCCCAGACUUUGAUGAUCGACGAGAGCUUUUCUAUACCGUAUCCUUCAGGCCAGUACAUGGUGGUGAUCAAUGAAACACAAGAAUGUCAGACCCGAACCUCCCACCGAGUGUCUUCCAAGCCACCGCACCGACAUGUAAAAUAGUGUCGAACAAUACCUCUGGUGUAAGCAGUGGGCGGCGAUCGCUUCCAGUGGACGGAGUGGAGGCCCUGGUGGAGAGGGGAGGGCUGAGCGGCACCCUCCAGACGCUAACGGACGGAUCGGUAUGGGACGGUACUAACGGAUUCGGCUCCGGCGAAGUACUUUACCCAGGUGUAGACCAGGAUUAUUCAAAUGGCCCUAUCACGCAUGUGACGACGCAUGCGAUCGAUAUUUUCGUCGAGACGGACGAUAAUUCUGCCUCCUAUUUUCUGGCGAGGGGCAUCGCUCCCAAGAACUUGAGGGUAGAUGUGAGCAUCCAAAUUCCAAGACGCCUUAAAGGGAGUGAUUGUAUGUUUCCUACAUGCAUUUGCCCCAGCUCAUCUAUUCUAGACCUCGUGGAGAACAAAACACGAGAAAGUCAGUCGCCGACACUCCCACCAAUCAUUUCUCGCGCAGCAGCGCCAUAUAUCACUAUUCUUCCCACUCAGGCCCACGGUAACACCCUGCCGUCCGCCUCUACCGCGCCGGUUGGCGCAAUUGUCGGUGGUGUGGUUGGCGGAGUUGCGGUUCUUGUUCUUAUUGCCCUGGUUAUUUUCCUGGUCCUCCCCCUUCGCCACGGUGGCAGAGCCGAAGCCACAGCUCGUGAAGAAGAACGAGUAAACCGGCCUGACGUCCCCGUCGCCGACGCCUCUUUCCUCGUAACACCGUUGGCUCUCGCUGCUCUUUCGAGUGCACCCCCGGAGUACAGCGAGUUAGACGUUACACCCGCUUCUUCCUUGUCCCCUUUCAAAACUCGGUUCAGCAGCAGUAACAGCGACCCGUCUAUCCCGGACGCGUAUAGGUCGAGUUUCAGCACGCUCGCCAGCAGUAUGCCGAGUCAUUCUAGGACGGCAAGCCACGCCCGGUCCGUGAGCGGGGGAAGCAGUGGUACUGGGAUUCUGGAUAAGCCGACCCAAUCGAACCAGUUCAUUCGAAACGGUUCUACCACACUGAUGAUGCGGGCCGCGCUCUACCCGCCUCGACACCGCUCAACCAUGCGGAUGUUAGAGCGAUGAUGCAGGUGCAACCACUCGCCUUCUGCCCUCACCGUGGACAAACGUCAAAUACCCCUCCACAACAGUCCUGUAUACGAGCGCCAAUCCGAAACGGGCUCUCCACACCAGUCUUUGCC